AUGAGCUUCAUCCCAGACCGAACUAAAUCGACACCAGUUGCCCGCCCAACAAAGAAGACCUCACAAUAUAAUACAGACGCACAAAUAUUUAUCCCACAAAAACCACACCAGAGCAAAAAAAUUAACCAACCAAAAGCCCUAAAAGUGGGCCCAGUUGAACCCUCCUUACCACAAAACGAGGGUUUGGACGUGAAUGGUCACUUCAUUACCCCGUCUGCGACUCCGUCGAAAAGUGACAUGGUGGACUUUGUUCCAGAAGUGAAGUCGGCAAGUAUCCCACAUGAGAAGUUCGUCAUCAACCCAUCCACACUUAAAACUAAUGCACAUAUUUUUGUACCAAAGAAGAAGACUGUUGAAAAGGAGAAGACGGAAAAUGGUGGUUGCGAGAUGGACACCUUCAAAAUGAAUAGUAAACCCUAUGUGCCAAAAAGGAAAAAACAACAGGAAGUUGAACACGAGAAAGAAAAGGUAGAAGAAGAAGUCAUAGAAACCCAAACAAAACCCGAAGAAAAGAUUCCUCAAAAGGAAGAGAAAGUUGUAGAGAAAGUUGAAGAAAAACUUGAAGAAAAAAUAGAAGAAGAACAACACCAAGAAGAAGACGAGUGGACUCAAGUUGAAGUGGGCGGGAAGAAAAGAAAAAUCAACGAAAAAGUUGAGAAUGAAAAGAAACAAAAAGCAAAGGAAAGGAGAAAACGACAAGAAGAGAAAGAACGAAAAGAAAAGGAAUUACAAAAAUUACAAGAAUUAAAAGAAAAGGAAGAACAAGAGGCUUUAGCAAUUAUCGAAGCACAAAAGGCACAAAAAGAAAAGGAAGAACAAGAAGAAAAAGAAAAAUUGGCAAAAGAACUUGAGAUUAAGCAAAAGGCCAAUGCACUGCAAAAAUCUUCUACUGAAAUUCCACAACCAACAGUAAUAGAAAAAGUCUUUGAAAAAUAUGAACCGCCAAAACUCCCCAAAAGUGACGAACACGACGAAAAACCUUUGGCUCAAGUGCAAAGUGAAAAACUUCCAAUUAAAAAGAACUCGAGCGAUGAAUAUGUCGCACCUAACCGCUCUAUUUCUACUCUUCCAAAAAUAGUUGAGAAGAAGUACUCCAUCAAUGAAAUGAAAAGUCUGAGAGGAAAACAAGAAAGAGCACGAGACUCGGUUUAUGAAAUCUUCCAACGGUUUGUGAAGAGUGAAGUGAAGAAAGAGGAGAAGAAAAUACAAGUCGACAAAACAACUGCGUUUUACAAGUUAUCAUUCAACCAAUUGACAAAAGAAAAAUUGGAGAAAAUAGCGAAUGACAUGGUCUUCCAAAUUCGAACGAAGGAAGAUAGUGCAAUGAUGCUUCAAAUUCUUUUCAAGAAGUCGAUCAAUGAACAAAAGUAUGUCCACUUGUAUGUCAAGUUCUUCAUCCGAAUCACUCAAUUGAUGGAAACUAUGGAGAACAAAAAGGAGAUCUCUGAGGUCAUGAUCAUCUCCCUUCUUAACCUCGCGGAAGCCCAAUUCAAACAUCCGCCAGUGCCACGAAAACCAGUUGAAGGCGAAACGGCAAUGGACCAAGUUCAACGAGAAGAGUUGAAUGCUAUAGACGAAGUGGAGUAUGUCGGAACAGUCUAUUUAGUCAGUUACUUGUACAUAGAAGGCAGAGUACUUCCUACACUUGUGUUACAAUGUUUGAACACACUGAGCUCAAUUGGCGGGAAAUUGCCACUGAAGGCGUACAAAACGUUGGUAAAGGAGACGUGCACCAAAUUGUCGAAACAGGUGGACUUGAAGGGGGUUAUUACAAUGACUGAGAAUAUGAUGAAAGUUCCGACUAUCACUUUCAUGGAGAAGGUGUGGCUGGAGGAGAGUGUCUCGCAACUCAAAACUGCGAUGAAGGCCGCGGAGCUUCAAAAGGAUAAACAAGAUAAAAAGGAGACUAAAGUGAAACCGCCAAAGUCUGCUCAACCAAAGACUGGCAAACUGUGUGUUGAAAAGUUUGUAUCUGGUAAAUGCAAUGCCGCCGAGUUAUGUAAAUAUGUCAUUCAGUUGAGUGAAGAAGAAGUUGGGAAAGGGAUAGAAGAGGCGAUGAACACAAUGGACGAAACAUACAACAAAGACUUAGAGAGUGUCAUUUGCUCUGGUGAUUUCAUCAAAGGAAUUGGAAAUAAGUGGAAGAAUGUGUUGAGCACCAUGAAGAAAUAUAUGAUGAAUGAAAAAGAUGGGUUGGCCUUGUUUGGUGCGGUAUUGGGGAAAAUCUAUUGUAAUGGGUUUAUUGCGAUGAGCGUUAUUAUUGAAAUGAUUAAAGAAAUUGAGAUGGAAUCAUUCAAUGUCGUCGGGAAGAUCAGAAGUCACUUAUUUGUCUUCACUGUUUUUCUCGAGACUGUCGUUGGAGACAAAUCUUUUGACCUUCACCAAAUGCAGAACAACCUUUCGGAAAUUACUAAGGACACUGAAGUCUUGUUUGGAAAAGACCUUCUAGAAAAGGUAUACCACGCUUCAAUAGUCAUUGCGUGUAACUCGGAGGAUGGAGUAUAUGAAGGAAGAGAACAAAUUACUCUUGAGAAGUCAACAAUUUUAAUUCCGUUGGUAACUAAAGGCGUUGCUCUUAAAGUUCUUUCGACGUUGAUGAAUCUCGACGAACGAUCGAAAGCAGUUAAAAAGGAGAUCGAGUCCAACCUCUCGAAGUAA